CCGUCCUUCCUCACUUCCCCUCCUACUAAACCCCCUCUGCGCUCUGCCUCUUCCCCUCCUCUUCCUCGUCGGUCCGGUCAGCGUCGCCCUGCCGCUGCCAUCUGCCGGAGGCCCUCAUCGUCGCGCAUUGCCGGCCGUCGACGAUUUAGGUUGACAAGUUACUUUUUUGGUCUACUGGUUGUCCUUUGUUAUCUGGAAGUAGUAUAUCUCACUUCAUACUACUAUGAGUCUCCAUAACGAGUGUCAACGACAACAGCUGAGCGGCUCAAACUCUGCAAGGCCACAAACAUUUUGGACCAUCUGUCCAACUUGUGGCACCAAAUAUCAGUACCACCGUGCAAUUUUAAUGAAAUUUGUCCGCUGCCAGAAUUGCUCGAAGCCCUUUAUAGCACAUGUUUCAACUGAGCAACCUGCUCCUUCUGGUCCAGAUCAACAGUUUGCUGGGGUGUGGAAAAAUGCAGGAAUAUUCUCAGAAAUUAGAUCGCUUCAGAAGUUCGAACCUGGGCAGGUCUGGGCCCUCUACAGUGACAAAGAUAAGUGUCCCAACUGCUAUGCCUUGAUACAGAAAGUUGAUUUCAAGAACAAUAAAGUACAUGCAAGAUGGCUGGAAGUUUGUCCUGAUGGGGAGGUGGAGAAAAGAUUGGUAGAAGAUCGAACUGUUGGGUGUGGAACCUAUAGGGUUUCCACCACCCGUGGUAUUAUGAUUUACACUGACACGAAACAUUUUUCUCAUCCUAUACAUGCGAUAUUCACUGGUAGAAGGAACUCUUAUGAAAUAUAUCCUAGGAAAGGUGAAGUUUGGGCCCUUCUCAAGGGAUGGGAUAUUUGUUGGAGUUCAGAUGCUCACAACCAAAAGAACUACAAGUAUCAAGUUGUUCAGGUCCUCUCUGAUUUCACAACAGGCACCAGCAUCGCUGUCAUUCCGCUUGUGAAGAUAAAAGUCUUUAUUAGCUUAUUUAUGCAGUCUAAAGAGGCUACUCCAUACCUGAUACCUCAGGAUGACACAAUAUGGUUCUCACACUGCGUCCCACAUCAUUUGAUGAGUGGAGCUGAAAGCGAAGGCAUUCCAGAAGGGGCUCUGGAACUUGAUCCCACAGCGCUUCCCCUUAACUUGGAAGAGGCUCUUGCCUGUGUUGUUCCAGAAAGCAGUUCACUGAAAGGCCCGAAGUUUGAUGCCAAAUAUGCUGGCUCAUCCAGUGGAAAUAAAUCUUACAAGGGAUGCGUGAGGAUUGGGGAGGGACAACGUGCUACAUGCACGAAUGCAGGGAUCUUUACAAAGACACCGAUGGUAGAGAACAGACAACAUGACACUCCAUUUUCUGCGGGAGGUACAGAUGUUGAUGAGCUAUCUGAUCAUAGUGUCCAAGCGAAAGUAUUAUGUCCUGAAUUUUUUAACUUUGACCAACUUAGAGGUGUAAAUCAGUUUAGAGUGAACCAGGUCUGGGCUGUCUAUGAUAGUCGAAGCUGUAUGCCAAGAUCUUAUGCUCGAAUUACAAAGGUAAAGAGGGCCCCCAAGUUUAUGGUACACUUUAUUUGGCUGGAGUUUGAUCCCACAAAUAAAGAGGAGCUGGCUUGGUCUUGUGGGGAACUGCCUGUUGCUUGUGGACAAUUUAGGCGUGGAAGGUCAGAAACAGCUCAAGAAACUUGCAUGUUCUCUCAUACUAUUUCCUGUCAGAAAAGCAAGAUGAGAAACUCUUAUGAUAUAUAUCCUAGGAAAGGUGAAGUUUGGGCCCUUUUUAAGGGAUGGGACAUUAGUUGGAGUUCAGAUGCUGGCAACCACAGAAACUGUGAUUAUGAGGUUGUUCAAGUCGUCUCUGAUUUCACAACAGGAAAUAGCAUCAUCGUCAUGCCACUUGUAAAACUAAAAGGUUUCGUCAGCUUAUUUAUGCAGUCAAAAGAGGGAAGUGCGUACCCGAUACCGCGGGAUAGCACACUGAGGUUUUCACAUUGUGUCCCUCGUCAUCUGAUGUGUGGAACUGAAAGAGAAGGCGUUCCACAAGGAAGUCUUGAACUCGAUCCUGCAGCACUUCCUCUUCAUUUGAAAGAGGCCUUUGCUUCUGUUGUCCCAGAAAAAAGUUCAGCAAAAUGCCAGGAGUUUGAUGCCAAAUGUCCUGGUUCAUCAGGUGGAAAUAACUCUGGCAAGGGAUCCAGUAGGGCUGGAGAGAAGCAACAUGCGACAUGCAUGAACACAUCGAUGUUUGCAAAGAUGCCAACAGAAGAGACCAGAGAGAAUAACACUCCAUCUGCUGUUGAAUGUACACAUGCUGGCGAGGAAUCUGAUGAUACUGUCCGAGUAGGAUAUGACUGUCCCGAUUCAGAGUUCUACGAAUUUUCAGAAACAAGACUGCUUCACAAGUUCGAACCUGGGCAGAUCUGGGCCAUCUACAGCGACAUCGAUAAGUUCCCCAAUUACUAUGCCUUCAUAGAGAAUGUUGACCUCAAGAACAACAAAGUACAAGCAAGAUGGCUUGAUGCAUGUCCCCAGGGAGAGGAGGAGAGAAGACUGGUGACAGAAGAUCGGCCUGUUGGCUGCGGAACCUUUAAGGUUUGCACUGCGCAGGGCCUUAUGACUUACACUGGUACAGAAAUAGCAGAAUGCUUUUCUCGUCUUGUGCUUGCUAGACCGACGGGCAGAAGAAACGAAUAUGAAAUCGCCCCUCGCCUUGGUGAGGUCUGGGCCGUUUACAAGGACUGGAAGGCUGGAUGGACUGCACGCGAUUUUAGCAGCUGUGACUAUGAGUUGGUGGAGAUAUUCUGCCAUACUAAUUCGUCCAUACGAGUUCGGCUGCUGAGGAAGGUUGAUGGUUACAGGGCAGUAUUUACAAGGGAGACAACUGUGGAGACCAUAGGCAAGGAUGAGUACCUGAAGUUCUCCCACCAGAUCCCUUGCUUCCAUCUGACAAACGAAGGAGGAGGCAAGCUUCGGGGCUGUUUGGAGCUCGAUCCUUAUUCCGUGCCGGAGGAGUUUCUCCUGACUGACUGACCUUGUUCAUGCAUGGUGAACCUCCUGGAAGGCUCUUUUCCUGAUGGAAUUACAGGACAGAAGGUUCUGCCUGGAGUUCUCCAUGUACCAGUGAUGUUAUUCUGUACCCGUUUUACUCCUGCAGCAGUACCCCUAAGAUCUAGUACUCUGAACUAAAACCACGACACUUAUUAGGCAGUAGUAGUUAGCGACGUGGCAUUUGUUGCAGUUGAUGUUCUUAAUUUUUAGUCUGGUUAUUGAACUGCCACUCUUCCUUUUCUCAUACUCCGUCCGUUCCUAAAUACUCCCUCUGUAAACUGAUAUAAGAGCGUUUAGAUCAUAUGGAGGGAGUAUAAGUCUUUUUAGAGAUUCUAAUAUGGACUACAUACGGAGCAAAAUGAGUGAAUCUACACUCUAAACUACGUCUAUAUACAUCCGUAUGUAGUCCAUAUUGAAAUCUCUAAAAAGACCUAUAUUUAGGAACGGAGGUAGUAAUAGUUUACUGUAACCGCGAAGGCCACGGUGAUGGGUCCUCGAAAAUCUCUGUAAAAUUAAAUCUAACAGUA